AUGGCACCUAUCAUGUGCGAAGAUGAAAGUUCAAAAAAAUUACAAAAGAUACCAUUAUCAAAUACAAUUCCUUUACGAAUUAAUGAUAUGUCAUUUGAUAUUAAGAAUCAACUUAUUUCUGCUAUAAAAAUUGCUGGUUUAUUUAGUAUUCAACCGGAUGAAACGACAGAUGUAAGUAAAGAUGCUCAACUCAUGGUUUACGUUCGGUAUUCAGGUUUAACAGAUAUACAGGAGGACAUUUUAUUUUUCAAACCAAUGUCCACAACAACUAGAAGUGAAGAUAUUUUUCUUAUGGUCGAUUCGUUUUUUAAGGAUUAA